AUGGAGAACCGCACUACACGUCCCGCCGCCGAGGGCGAAAUCACAUAUCCACAGCCACGACCAUAUGUCGCCGGCGGCUGGGAAUACCAGCAACCAGGCCAUCACGAGGAUGGCCAAUAUGAGGAAGACACACCCGAGGAGGAAGAUGUCGUCCUCGUAGCUCGAUCCCCACCGCCAGUCCAUAUCAACGAGGCAACAGGUCCCAGGACCUUCUUCUUUCCAGAAGCGACAUCAGCCUCGCACCACAGACACGAGAACGCCCUCGCCAGCGACGGAAUCCAUCUCCCCCGCCUCCGUCCCGGCCCAGCCCCUGUCUUGGAAUGGGAAUCCCCCCACUCGCCAGAGCGAGCUCCGUUGCGAGCCCGUGAUCUCCUCCACCUAGUCGACUACAACUUUGGCCCUCCCUGGGCACGCCGCCGGAUCGACGAGCACACCCCGUUCGCGCACGACGUCAACCUGCGGUAUGCGCAAGCUCGGGAAUACAUUCGCGAGCAAGAGGCUCGAUGCCCCUUAAUACCAUUGCCCAAACGUAGUGCCGACGACGCUAUCCCCAACCUCGUCCAGGACCAGCACCGCCACGGCGGGAAGGCAUCUUUGCGGCCGGGGCUGGCGUAUCACGGUCCUCUCGUUCCGGCGGGGGAGCAGGACUAUGGAGGGUUGCCGGCUCCUCGGCCUGUGCUUCAGCCUCGUUUGAACUUAGAUAACCUUGCGAUUCGGCCUGCGAUGCAGUCCUAUCGCUUGCCACCCGUUUCUGAGCGUCAACCUGGAGAGACUGGGGAGCUACAGGAGGUUCAAGAGCAAUUCCAGCAGACUUAUACCGGGCUCUUGAACACUCCCAUCUGA